UCUCAAAAGCACAUGGUGACAGAAGAUUGCACAGCCCUUUUUUCCUGCAAAGACAUUCUGACAACUUCACCGCUGGGAAGUCGCUCCUCACGACCUCCUCGGAUCUCAGAAAGCAGCUUUGGAAGGGAGAAAGCGGGAGUGACACAUGGGGGAGAUGGGUGCCUUCGAGCCUGGAAGCGCAGCUGAACCACGCGAGAGGGAGGAGGGAAGGGAGGAGAGAGGGAAACCACAAUGAGGGUCCGGCCCACCGCCGUGGUGACGUCGCGGGAGCACGUGAACGAGGCUCUCCAGUGACGGCGCGUGGAGGGCAGGAAAAGCAGUUUUUAAAGCCGCUGGUGCCGUUUUGGGGUUUUUGCGCGAGGUGCUCCUCCAAAACAACCACAGAACCACAGACGCGCGGCUCGGGGCUUGGCGUGGCCGGAGCGUCAAUGGUUAAUGGUCGUGGGCCAGCAGCACCAGUCACAAGGACGGCGCUAAGCGGGACGUGUCAAGGUUCACGGAAACCGCCGAGGAGCGAGAGCUGGUUCCGGCAUGGCGUCAAACAGCCUCUUCAGUACCGUCACACCAUGCCAGCAGAACUUCUACUGGGACCCGAGCGCCAGCCGGAGGUUCAGCCCACCGUCCAGCAGCCUGCAGCCGCUUGCGGGCAAAAUGACGGACGUAGGCUCCCCGGUUGCCGGCGGAGGUGGCGGAGGAGGAGGAGGCGGGCAGGCUGAUGCGACCGCGGUGGUGCCCCGGUUGCGCGCCCACGAGAACCGCAGCAUGGCCGAGAUCAUCGCCGACCAUCCGGCCGAGCUGGUGCGCACCGACAGCCCGAACUUUUUGUGCUCCGUGCUUCCGUCGCACUGGCGAUGUAACAAGACUCUGCCCGUCGCUUUCAAGGUGGUGGCGCUAGGGGACAUAACGGACGGCACUGUGGUGACGGUAAUGGCGGGCAACGACGAGAACUAUUCGGCCGAGCUGCGCAACGCUUCGGGCGUGAUGAAGAACCAGGUGGCGCGCUUCAACGACCUGCGCUUCGUAGGCCGCAGUGGCAGAGGCAAAAGCUUCACGCUGACCAUCACCGUGUUCACCAACCCGCCGCAAGUCGCCACUUACCACCGAGCCAUCAAGGUUACAGUGGACGGACCACGAGAGCCCAGGCGGCAUCGUCAGAAGCUGGAGGACCCUCCAAAGUCAGGCCUGUUUUCGGACCGCCUGAGCGAGCUGGAGAGGAUGAGGGUCCGUGUGGCGGUGCCCGCCCAGGCCCAGCGACCGGCGCUCAACGCCGCGCCCAACUCGUUCACGGCGCAGGGACAGACGCAAAUCACCGACCCGCGUCAGUCUCAGUCGUCGCCGCCGUGGUCGUACGAUCAGACGUAUCCGUCCUACCUGAGUCCCAUGGCGUCCCCCUCCGUGCACUCCACCGCCCCGCUCUCCUCCAGCAGAGGCACGGGCCUGCCUUCCAUCAACGAUGUGCCCAGACGCUUGCCAGGUUCUUCGGACCUGAGCCCGUUCCCGGGGCAGUUUGAGCGCCAAUUCCCGGGCUUGUCCUCCCUGACGGAGAGUCGCUACAGCGGUCCUCGCAUGCACUACCCGGCCACCUUCACCUACACGCCGCCCGUCACCUCCGCCAUGUCGUUGGGGGGCGCCCACUACCACACCUACCUUCCGCCACCAUACCCGGGCUCCACGCAGAACCAGAGCGGACCCUUCCAGACCAGCAGCACCCCUUACCUGUACUACGGCGCCUCGUCCGGGUCCUACCAGAUCUCCAUGGUGUCGGGCGGGGGCGGCGGCGAGCGCUCGCCCUCGCGCGUGGCCCCCCCGCCCUGCACCAGCGCCUCCACGGGGACUUCGCUGGUCAACCCCAACCUGCCCAGCCAAGCGGAUGGCGGCGUGGACGCGGGAGACGGUAGCCACAGCAAUUCGCCCACCGUCCUAAACACGGGCGGGCGCAUGGAUGAGGCUGUGUGGAGGCCCUACUGAACACCUGACUGAAAAGGGAUUUCUUUUGUUUAAAGCAGCUCAUCCUAACUUGUGUGGACUUGUCUUCCUGGAAUGUUUGGACCAAAGCGCUCAAAGCAGCAAUAAGAAGCACAUCUUUCCUAACAGACUUUUUUUUGUAUCUCUUUAAUACCAAUGGACAGGAGGCACAAACAAAAAAGAACAAAAUAAUAAUGUUUACACUACCACAUUGAAGUCUGAAUUUAACCAGCAUAAAUUUGUAUAUUUUGAAGGGGCAACUUUAUCAGCAACAUUUUUCCCUUAAAAAAUUUCUUGAACAUUUUGAAAUAUUUUGACUUUUCCUCAAAUCUCCAGUUUUGUUCUGGUAAGAUUCCGGCGUUGAUGUGGUAGCGUAAUUGUUUAUCUUUGCUUUUACGUCUUUCAUCCUGAUUGUUCCUUUAAUGCUUUGUUUUGCAUUAGGCAUGUUUUUUGUUUUUUUUUCUAUACGACAAUACAGAGACGCACUGAGCAGCGAGACUUAUUUAAACGUGUAUAUUACAGGGCGUUCUGCUUCCUGUUUAACUUAUGAAGCCAUAACUUAUGUAUUAUUGUAUUUUUGAAACUUGACUCAUCCCAGUACUUUUGCUGCGUCUUUAUGACUCAAUUUUUCAACACGGCGACAACAAAAUACAAUUUUGUACGACAACCAAGAUUCAGACAAUCAGUGAAAUUCCAAUAAAAGAGCUCAGGAUCCAAAGAUUUUGUUGUUUGAUACGUGACCACUUUAAGAAAGUUGGUCAGGGUGUUUGACACUCGCGUUGGUUCUUUUAAGAAUUCUUUUCUUUGUCAUGUUGACGCCAUCUUGACUUAAGUAAAAGCACUUAAUGGUUACAAAAGUUGUAUGAUGUCAUCCUGUUGCCUGAUUGGCUGUUAGUAGUCAGCAAUUAUGUGCAUACAUUUAUUUUCAACAUUGUCAGAGGAUUCAUUUUUAACAUUUGAAUUCUAUUCUCCAUCAAUUCCAAAGGUACAUUUUUGUAAACUUUUGUACAAUACCAAAAAUAGUGCAAUUUUGUACAAAACACACUUUUCUAAGAGGCCUUUUCUCACAUUCACUUUGUAGGAUUUUGUACAAAACUGAUGGUUUAAAUAGUUUCAACAAAAUACAAUUGGGAAAUUAUGAUGUGGUGCACAAAAAUUGCAGAUGAAGUUUUCUGAGCGCUAUGUCCGCUGUCUUUCGUUGUACAGCUUUUCCUUUGUAUUAAAUAUGAAAAAAUUAAGUUUUAUUUUUCUAUUGCUUAUUUUGACAUUUGGAAUUAGUUUCUUGUGUAGAUAAGUGUAUGUCUACAUGUAUGUGUAUAUAAUAUACAAUACACAUAUAUUUACACAGACACAUUCAUACAUGUACACUAUAACUUUUUUGGUAUUCUAAAUUUUCUUACAUUUUAUUUUAUUUAAAUUACCAUUUUUUUAUUCUUCUAGAAUUUAUUUUUUAGAUGUACUUAAAAUAUAGUUUUAAAAGUUUAUUUUAAUUUAAUUUAUUUAUUUUUUACUUUUUUUUAAAUUGGCAAAUCAAUCCACUUGAGCUUUUUUUGUAGGAUUACCUACUAAAUUGAGAAAUGAAAAGAAAAAUUAACCGGUUUUAAUUUUUUUUUAAGAUUUUUAAUAUUUUAAAAAAGAAGACAUCUGUUUUUAGUUCAUCAAUCAUCAUGGACAAUGUUUUGCACUAUCAGCACUACCACAAACUUUGGCACAAAAUGAGAUGCAGACGUCAAUGUUGGGCAUUUGGUUGUCAUCAGAUCUUUUAUUUAGUGGGCGCUAAUAUAAUAAAGUCAUUCAGGUGGAUUUUAUUUUUGAAGGGUUGCAUGCAGAGCAAAUCAAAUAUUCCACACACAUACACGCAUGACAUUCCCACUGCUUCAGCCUGAAAAGUCAAAGUAUUUAUGUUGUAACUGGAGAAAGCAAAUAAAAAGCUUUUAGAUGA